CACAUCUCAAGCUCAAGACUAUUAACUUCUCAUUCACACUGAGCAAGGAAGUAAGAAUGGACAUUCUCAUUUCUGUUGGUGCAAAAAUAGCGGAACUUACUGUAGAACCCGUUGGAAGGCAAGCGGGAUAUUUAUUAUGCUAUAGAAACAUUCUUAAGGAGCUAAAGGGUCGAGUAGAGGAGCUGAAGACAACGAAAGAACGUAUCGACCGUCAAGUUGACGCUGAAAGAAGAAAUGGAAGGGAGAUCGAAGGUGAUGUGCUAAGAUGGCAAGAAAGUGUUACUAAGACUUUAGAAGAAGCACAGCAACUUUGUGAAGAUUCAUGUGAUGCAAAUGUUGGGUGUUCCUAAUGGUCUUUUCCUAACUUGAAGUCCCGACAUCAGCAUCGCAGAAAAGCAAAGAAAAUGGCAAAAACCAUUGUUGAAGUGAAGAAGGAGGGGAAUUUUGAUAAAGGAGUUGGGUAUGUUCCACCUUUGGAUAUGAUAAACAACUUUUCUGCUACUAGAGGAAGUGAUCAGCUUGAAUCAAGAAACUUAGUCAAGAAGGACGUUGUGUUGUCUCUGAAGGACCCUAAGAUCAGCAAAAUUGGGGUUUAUGGGAUAAGCGGCGUGGGAAAGACUACUCUUGUUAAAGAAGUUGCCAAACAAGUUAAGGAUGACAAAUUGUUUGUUGCGGUGGUUAUGGUAACUAUAUCCCAAACAAAUCUUGAAAGAACUCAAGAUGAGAUUGCAGCACAGUUAGGCCUUCAUUUAGAAGGGAUGACCUCAUCAAGUGAAAGAGCCAACAGCCUGUGUGAGAGGAUAAAAAAGGAGAAAACUAUCCUCAUCAUCCUAGAUGAUUUAUGGGAGAAAAUUGAUUUGGAGAAGUUAGGAAUCCCUUCUCUAGAUACACAUGGAAAAGUUGAUUCAGAAAAGAUGGGAGUUCCUCCAAAGGAUGAUUAUGAAGGUUGCAAAUUAUUAUUGACUUCAAGAAGUCAAGAUAUUUUACAAAAGAAUGAUGCACAAAAGAACUUCCCCCUUCAAGUUUUGAAUGGCGAAGAAUCCUGGAAAUUGUUUGAAGUUAUGGUUGGUGAAGUUAAAGUGCUCAGUUCCAAACCAUAGCAACCCAAGUGGCUCAAAGGUGUGCAGGCUUGCCUGUUUUGAUAGUCACAAUUGCAAAGUCAUUAAAGGAUAAAGGUUUUCAUUAUUGGAAAGAUACCUUGAACAACCUAAAAAGGGUUGAUAACAAAGACGUCCAAGAAACCCUUAUUUCAGCUUUGGAAUUCAAUUUGAAUCGGUUGGAAGAUGAAGUAAAGAAAGUCUUCUUGCUUUGUGGUGUACAGGGAACAUUCAUAGACAUCAGUGACUUGUUGAAAUAUGCUAUUGGUUUGGGUAUAUUCAAACAUGUAGAUACCAUUGAGGAUGCGAGGAAUAGGCUUUAUAGAGUGACGGAUGACUUGAAGGCGUCUUGUUUGUUGGUUGAUGUUGAUGCAAGAUCAGGAAUGAUCAAGAUGCAUGAUAGUGUUCGUGAAGGAGCCGUCUUGAUUGCCUCGAAAUAUGUUUUCACCAAAUGUAAUUUGAAGUUGCAAGAUUGGCCAAGAAAGGAUAUUCCAGAAAGAUGUACCCAUAUUAUCUUGAAACGUUGUUACAUACAAAAGCUUCCUGAAAGGUUAGAUUUUCCCCAUCUAACAUAUCUCCUAAUAGACAGCACGGAUAAUCAG